CGAUACAUACCGUUACACGUCGAUAAGCCUCCCGUCCCUCGGGACCUACGUAGUCAUCGACACAACUCUAACCCAUUGUAUGACUUGACUUUGCAACGACAGUACCGACCGAACAGUAUUUCGGGAACCACACCAUAAUGGAGCGGACCAUUGGGGCCGUCGGGCUACGGUGGGCAGCCUUCUUCGCACUGCUUGUCUGCCACCAGGUCCAUGCCUUCUAUAUCCCAGGCUGGUCCGUCAAGAGCUACAAGGAAGACGAGGCCAUCCCACUCCUCGUCAACAAGGUUUACUCGGACAACACGCAGCUUCAGUAUGCCUACUACGACCUGCCCUUUGUCUGUCCGCCCACGGGCGAGCACAAGUUCGGCGGACUGUUGAGCGGACAGAGCAUCCCGCUCAACCUAGGCGAGGUGUUGCGCGGCGACCGCAUCAAGGUGUCCGACAUGGAGCUCAGGAUGAAGCACGACUCCGAGUGCAACUUUCUCUGCAACCGCGUGAUUACCCGGAAGGAACUGAAGCGGGCGCGCCAGCUCGUCCGUGAUGGCUAUGUGGUCGAGUGGAUUGUCGACAACCUCCCCGGCGCUACCAGCUUCGUGACGGUCGACAAGACACGCAAGUACUAUGCUGCGGGUUUCAAGCUGGGUUAUACGGAUCUCUCGUCCGGUCGUCCCCGCUACUACCUCAACAACCACCACACGAUCGUGAUCCGGUAUCGCAAGGCCCCCGGCAAGGAUGGGGAGAAGGGAGGCAAGGUCGUGGUUGGAUUCGAAGUGUAUACCAAGAGCGUUGGUCCGGAUGUGAAGAAGAAUGUCGACGGGUGCCCGGCGAAUCUCCACGACGUAGAGCAAAACUUUGAACUCUACUUGGCGCCUAACAAGACGGUGGAGUUGAGCCCCGGGUCAUCAUACUAUGUCGAGGACGACGACACCUAUGACGACGAUGCGAAGCUCACCAUUCCCUACAGUUACUCGGUGUACUUUCGCGAGGAUACCUCGAUCGAGUGGCACAGAAGAUGGGACCUCUACUUUGUCAAUCAGGUGGAUGGCCACAAGAUCCACUGGCUGGCCAUCGUCAACUCGCUCAUCAUUUGCGGCGUCUUGACGGGCGUUGUGUUCAUGGUCGUCGCCAAGACCAUUCGAUCCGACAUCCGGGGAUACAAGGCUCGAUCAGCCGACGUCGAAGCCAAGCGCAGGACCAAGGCCACCUCGGCUACCGAGAAAGUACCGGGGCUUUUGGAACAAGAGGUUGGCCCUGACAGUCUUGCCGACGUCGAUUCCGACGACGAAGCCAUCGAGGACAUUACCGGCUGGAAGCUCCUCCACGCCGACGUCUUCCGCACGCCCGCCUACAGCCACCUCCUCGCCCCGCUGGUCGGUUCCGGAAUGCAAUUGCUCUUCAUGGCCAUCGGACUCGUGCUUUUGAGCGCUCUGGGUAUCAUCAACCCCAGCUACCGCGGCGGUUUCGUCAGCUUCGGGGUCGGCCUCUUUGUUUUCGCCGGUCUCUUCUCGGGCUACUUUUCGGCCCGCGUAUACAAGACCUUUGGCGGCCAACGCUGGCGUAAGAACAUGGUGGUCACCGCCGUCCUCUUUCCGGGUCUCUUGUUCUCCAUCGUCUUCGUCCUCAACCUGUUCGUAUGGGCUCAGGCCUCCAGCACCGCCAUCCCAUUCGGCACCCUGAUCGCCAUCAUUUUCCUGUGGCUUUGCGUCCAGGUGCCCUUGGUUUACGUUGGCUCCUGGUACGGCUUCGUCCGCAAGCAAGGCGCCUGGGAGCACCCGACCAAGACGAGCGCCAUCCCGCGCCAGAUCCCCGUCCAGGCGUGGUACCUCCGUGGCUUGAGAACGGUGCUGCUGGCGGGCUUGAUCCCUUUUGCCGUCAUUUUCAUUGAGCUGCUGUUUGUGUUUCAGAGCAUGUGGCAGGACAAGAGCGGUUACUAUUAUGUGUUCGGGUUCCUGGCAGUCGUCCUGUCUCUCCUGGUCGUGACGGUCGCCGAGGUGACGGUGGUGAGCAUCUACAUCCAGCUGUGUGCCGAGAACUACCACUGGUGGUGGCAGAGCUUUUUCAUCGGUGGUGGAAGUGCCGUCUGGGUCUUUUUGUACUGCACGUGGUAUUAUUUCGCUAAGCUGCACAUCACGGGACUGCUGAGCUCAUUGCUGUUUUUUAGUUACAGCUUUAUGGCGUGCUGUGUGUAUGGGCUAUUGACGGGCACGGUGGGGUUCUUGACUGCUUAUGCUUUUGUCAGGAGGAUAUACGGCGCCAUCAAAGUCGAUUAAUUCUUUUCUGUUCUCUUACCUUUUGUUCCAGCGCGGGACUGAUGGUAUCCAAGGUGUAACUUUUGUAUUUCC